AUGUCGUCACACACGAACUACUCCUGGGCUUCCUCCGGCUCUGGCUCCGGCUCUGGCUCUGGUGGCCAGGGCAAUGGUCAAGGCUACGUGGACGAUCGGGAGCGAAAGAGGCAAAUUCAGGCGGCAUACCGUGACGAAGAAAGGAGGUUGAUUGACAGGCUCCAGGUCUUGACGGGAGGAACAGGUGACAAGCGCGCCAACAUUCUGGCGAGAUCCGUGGAUAAACUAGAGUAUCUCCAUAAUCAGGUCGACGAGCUGUCUAGGUCCAAUGCAGAGCUCAGAUUGAGCUUGAGACAGCUGCAGGAGCAGAGCCGUGGCCUCCAGGCGCUCAUGGAGCAGCAGGGUUAUUUCCUCCACUAA